AUGGAUAAUUUUAUCCUACCUGCUGUGCACCUUUCAUCUGUGUUUGCUUCGUCCGAGCAUGUUCCAACCCAUGCCGUACAGACGGAGCAGCGCGAUGUCCCCCUUGCGAUGGGGCGCUCGGAUAUGCCAGACGACCAUGCAUCUAUUUCAUCUCUUUUUCAUUCCGCCGAGACCGGUCAUGUUCUGAUACGCGUCGUUCAAGGCGGCCUUGCUGUAGAGUUGGUGUCGCUUUCAUACGAUGUCGCUCCAAUCCGCUUCGUUUUCCCUGCCGCGGCUGUUCCCAAUCCAGCUCUCACUAUAUUCAACGGUCGUGUUUAUCUCAUCGUUGUUACUGUCCUUGGGAUCCUGUUUAGAAUCAACUUACCGUGCUCAGCCGACGGUCAACUUUGGCAUGGGCCACUGUCCAACAAGUGGUGCAAAGAAUGGCAGAUCAAGAAACUCAGCGGAGCUGAGGCCAAGCUAGUACAUGUCCAUGAUGCGCACGAUAUCGCCAUUUCCUUAUCCACAGGAGGAUAUUUACGACUCGAGAAUAAAAUCAUCAAUGGCCGUGAAAAUAACCAGUGGACUGAAACUGAGUGGAGAUCCUCAAGCUGGUACUCCGCACUGUUUCCUGCCAUCGCAGCGGGCCAUGAUAGCCCUGGAGCGAUUGUCUCUAUGGCGUCUGCGCCAUCGCCUACGGAUAUAUCGGAUUUGUUUUCAGUCUCACGCGAUCGUAUAUUACGACGAUGGACAGUAGCAAAGGGUUGCCGAACUGAAAUCGCCCUAGAUGCACCUAAGAGUGGAAGCGAAGCCCCAACCUCUCUUCUUGAUAUGCACCCUCAAAAGCUCCUACAAGUUAUCAGGGCAACAGUGGACACUCGUGGAGACCUUGAAGACGAGGAAUCCCUAAAUGUGCUGGUUUUCUUACCCAACCCAGCCUCCCAUACGUCCUGUGGAUCCUUCCGGAUUUACAACACUGACCACUACCAAUGGAGGCUACUCUCUUCCUUUGAAUCCUCCCCCGAAAGUGCAUAUUGCAAACUGCAGGACUUUCGCAUAAGCGGCAACACGCUAUACGUACUAUGGGAAAAACAGGGAGAGUCAUUGCUCGAAAUGACCUAUGUCAAUUUAGAGAACCUGUCUCAGAGGCCGCACUCCAUCGUGCAGACCGUCGCUUGGAGCAGAGCAAGGCUUGAUCAGUACAGCAAGCUCAAUCAGGAUGCCAUGAAUGAAUUGCUUCUACAACCUGGUUCUCUUACAAAUAAAUUUUUGCAGUCGAUCUUGCGUCCUGGUCUAUUCUCAGUUGUGACAUUGCGGGCUGCCCUGAAGGAGUACAAAGAACAUUAUCUUUCUUUACCCGGCCCGCACCCAACACCACUAUUGGCCGAAUAUACCUCGCUCGGAGAAAGCAUCGCUGCUGUUGUCGGCUGCACCGUGGCGUUGUCUCGCGACCCUCAAACGGGCGCAACUUUACAUAACCAAUACUGGAACGCAUUGCGGCGUGAUUGGGAGGGCUUUGUGGCGCGCUGUACGGAGAUUGAACGUAGUGCUCGUUGGCCUGUUUGCUUAGGUUUGGACGUAAAUGGGCAGGUGCUGGUAGUGGAACGCGAGCGCAUUAGUCAAUGUGUCGAGGAAGAUACGUCCAUGCGCGUACAUCGACAAGUUUCUUCGGCGGCAAAUACCGACACUUAUCAUCUGCUCGAGACUUGCUGGGGAUUAAGGACGAAAUUGCCAGAGCCUCUUGUCCGACAAAUAGAGAGAGAAACUGGGGAUAUUCUUCAUCAAGAAGUUGCCUUUCCCCUUGCCGAUGUCCUUAUCAAAGCUGCCAACAAAGUCUUUUAUAAGGACGAUUUAGACGAAGAUAUCGAAGUAUGGGUGCAUGAGCGAGUAUCCUCUCUCGAAGACUUCGAAACCGCUCUGCGCGAUGUUCUGGAAGUCAUUGCCGGCCUGGAUAAAGCGGUGAAGCAGGAAGAAGACGAGGUCGAGCUCAUUAUUCCACCGGCAAUAGUCGAUUGGACAAGGGCACUGGCUACAUCAUACAUCACGGAAACGAUCGAAAUUCGAUACGAUCUAUGCCUUGCACUUGCUGCUCUGCUUUUCUUCAUUAGUGAUGACCUUAAACAGAAAGACCCGGCUCUUAUUGCCGAAGUUUUCGCCAUAAUACGGGGUGUCGCCAUGUGUCGUUACUUAUGCAGACAGCCUGCUGGGGAUUCAAUGGGAGCCCGGCCUAUGGCGCAGGAAUCCAGCACAACGGACGACGUUGUCACUCGCCUGAGCAGCAUGCAUGUCUCGAGGGAGACAAAGGCACCUCCAACUUAUUCGUUGACCCACCAGUUACUCAUAGAAUACGGCCAUCCGCCGAUACUACCGGCAGCCGCUCAUCAUUUCCUUAACCAGCUCGGGCUUCUCAACAGCAUAUCACCGGCUCAUGUAACUAGGAACGAAGUCUUGAUAUGUGAAAAGCUUCGUCAUAUGGGUUAUUAUGAAAGCUCAAGGUAUCUUCUUACAUGGCUUCCUCGAAGUCCUGCCGUGUGCUAUGUCUUUGGCCGUUUGUGGAUUGACGUAGGUAGGGAGGACGAAGCUGUCGCUCUUUUACAGGGUGUUUCAGGUAGCUUUGUUACGGGUAAUGUCCUACUAUCAGAUGAUCUACAGACACUCGAUGCCGUCUUUCCGAACGGUUGCUGCCGUUCUGACUGUGAAUAUUACUUGCAUAUUGCGGAGCUUUUUAAAAAAGCUUCCAUGACUGCGCAAGAACUUCAUUUUCUUCGGUUAGCUCUGUCGGUAUGGCCAGAAGGAGCGGAGCUGGAUGAAAUUUCUUUGAACACGUGGGCGGCAAUCAUCAAAGGUUAUUCAGACUUAGGCCUUUAUGAAGAUGCAUACUGCUAUCUCAUUUCCUCUCCCCAUCACGAUCAGAGGCAUCAAUAUGUUUCUAACCUUGUUUACAAAAUGUGCGAAAACGAUGCGCUUAAUCGCCUUCUUUCAAUGAAUUUCCGCGGACUUGUGCAAGAAGUCGAGUCGGCUCUUUCGUUCAAAGCACGCAACGCGGAUCCUCGAAGUCUUCCGAACUGGUCUCAGAUUCUUUAUACCUGGUAUACAGUACGAGGGGACUACCGUAAUGCGGCUUUGACAAUGUACAUUCGCUAUCGAAAUCUAUCCGAGCUUCCGGUCGAUUCGACAAUGCCCUUGGCACUUUUGGAGCAACAAGCAGAAACAUUGAGCGUCGCAAUGAACGCCCUUGGGCUUGUAGAAACCAAGAAUGCGUUCAUUGUCGUUCCUACCCAUGAGUCUAGCCUGCCGCCACGCAAGCGUCGAAAAAUCGGAAGUUAUCUUCCUAAAGAGCAGUUGUCUGCGAGUCAGCGAAAUGUUGACAUUGUUAGGCUUCCGGACAUCGAACGAGAGUACGCCCACCUCACAGCUAACUUGGAAUUGAUACGCCGAGACCCGACGCUUGUACGUCACGGAGAGCCACAUCUUACACCAUGGCUCACUGUUUCAAAGUUGACUCAAGCGGGACUAUUUGACUUGGCAAUGCAUACCGCAAAGACAUUGUCUAUUGACAUGUCAGAAGUGUUCCAGCGAUUAUCAUUGCAGUGUCUACAUUUAUCAGCGUCUUUGGACACAGACAUGGCGGAAUUCGUGCCGUCAGACUGGCUUCUAACAGAUAAGGUCUCAUCAUGGCCAGGAUCGCCUGCUGAUCGGGGAUGGAGAUAUCUUCGUCAAUGCUUAGAACGAUAUGAUUCGGCUGAGACCGAUUAUAGCUACAGCAAAGCUGUAUUAGAAACGGUGCUAGCGAAUGACUCGUCUUCGCCACCAUCGUGGUUGCUACAGAUCAUCGAGGAACAUCACCCCGAGCAUCUUAUCAGGACAUACUUGCGCUUCGGAGACAUCGAAGAGGCGCUUGAACAAACCUUGAAAUUGAUUCGAAAGGCCACUAAAGCAUUGGAUAACUCGACUCCCAAACAUUCAUCCUGUACAUGGCUUCCAUAUAUGGUUGUUGAUGCUGUCUUGAAAUCGAGCGAAGAGAACGUGUCGGCCAAGGCUCAGACACUCCGUCAGUCCGUGCAGUCCGAGCUGUCAAAUCGCGAUUCUCGUUUACAAAAACAGACUGCUGCUAUUCCUGCUCACUGA